AUGCCACACGUCGAUCUCGCUGCUGGACCGACAUCGCAUUAUAAUUCGAAUGGAGAUCGUCUCAAGCGGAAGCAGACACUGCUGAACUUACUAGACGCGUUGCAGGAGUUGACGAGAGACAACGAGGAGUUGGGAUCUGCUGCGAGGAACGAGCAACGGAACCUCGAGGAUGAUCGUGAUGUCCCGACUGUCGACGAGCAUAUUCAAAGAGUAGGUGCGGAGACAUUCGACCAAUUUCAAAGGAGGAUGACCAAGUUGGAUACGGAGUUGCGUAACUUCGCCAAUGCUGCUCGCAGAUUGGGAAGCUCUGUGGGAAUAUUGUCGUCCUCAGUGCGUUUGCGACAACGUCUCGCUCAGCUCUUGUGGCUUUUUCGCGAGAACGCAGCCGAUCUGUUUCCGCGCAAAGUGCGGCGGCAGCCACGCGAGAUGCUCGUAGACCCUGGUAUGCAUCAGGGUGGCCGAAAGAAUAGGCGAUACAGGGCACCCUCGCAUGUCGUUAGUCCGACUGUGGUGGCGAAGCUCGACCCAGAGGUCUUCCCAGAACAACUGCAGGCCCUUGCACGGGAAGUGAUAACAUUUUUAGAUUGUCUUAAUGAGUUCCCCGAGUUUAACGACGAAGCUGUCAAUGCCUCCGUGCUGUCACUUGAGAGCGAUUUGAAGUAUUGGGCUUCUUGUCUGAAAGCUUAUGAAGGCCAAUUUCGUUAUCCUGCUGUGCAAAGAUACUUGCACGAUCUUACCUCCGAGAUGGGCGAACAUUUAGACAGUAUCACUUCUGCCUUAUCUAUCUUUAUUGAGAUCGGUGUACCUACGAUACGCUUUGCACAAGAGCAUGCAAGUCAGAAUCUUCUUAAUCUCAGUACUGUCGCGACAUUUUUCAGUGCCGUGACCGCAUCGACGAUGCAGUUUUCGUAUACGAUGACAGAAGGGCCUCUCGAGAACGCCGUGAAUGCGUUCUGGUUCACAUCGCUCGUAUUCAGUAUCCAGGCUGCAGUGAAUAGCCUUCUCGGAUUAACAUGGAAAAAAGCUAUGUACCGUUCCCCUGGUCAUCGGACGCCAUGGUGGGUAUUGAUCUGGAUCAAGCGUUCGCCACUGGUCUUUCUCGUGGCAUCAGUUGCGUGCUUCUCGAUAGGUCUUGUUCUCUUUGCAUACUCUUCGGGGCAGGACCCUAUAACCCAAACCCUAACCUCGGUCUUCUCCGCAUUUAGCUGCUUUGGACUCGCAGCGGUAUCGGCCUGGUUUGUCUCUGAGCGCUGGAUUUUCAUCCGUCACCGAGGCCAGAAGUGGCUCGCUGACGUUCUGUCCGAGACCAAAGUGCAAAUCUGCGCGGUGCCCGGCAUCAAGUGGCUUAUAUACGAGCCUCGCGCGCUCACAGCAGAGAUUGGCCAAUGGAUCCAACGUCAUUUUCGGAUUGCGAGCGACAGUAUUUCCCGUUUGGUUUCUAGGAUGACUCACAAAGUAAACCGUAUAAGUGUCAUGAGCUCUAGCUCCGAGAAGGUCAGUGAGGACGGCCUUGAGGACCAGACCAUUCCGACAUGUAUGAGCCCGGGGCCUUCAUCGCCUAUUCGUGUACGCUCGUCCGAUGUCGGUGCUGGUCCUCUGCUCCCCAUAUCUGAAAUCAGACCACCUACCGUCGGAACAUAUACAGACAACCUCGAGGCCUCCACGACUCUGAGUGAAGCGAGCAGUGCGCCGGGAACUCCAACGCUCACGGGCAAAAUGCGUUUCGUGAACGCAGUUCAUUCGGUCAUGAUGAUGCGCCAGAUGGCGUCCCCUUUCGGGCUCAAGCUUCCACCACGUUCGCCGCGACGACAGAGAACUAGUUCAUCGGACGGGACGAGGACUAGUGACCAAUUGGUCGAACCUUUGGGCGUGCUGCGUGCUUCGCGGGUGGCUGCGCUUGUUCCAAAAUUGAAAGCUCUCGAGCCGACCCAAGACCUCGCGGCGCAUCAGGCCCUUGUAAGACACUUACAGUUCUCUCCUAACGGGAAAUUUUUGGCCACCUCAAGCUGGGAUCGGACAUCAGUCAUCUUUCGAGUUGGGGAUUCCUUUACUUCACACCGUGUUCUUGCCCAACCCCAGGGAUUUGUUGGUCAAGUUGCUUGGUCACCGAACGGUUUUACGUUACUGACUAAGCUGAACCGCGGCGUCAAAGUGUGGACAGAGGACGGGGUGUGCCGGAAGACAAUUGACCGUCACAAGACAGUGCACUCCAUUGCUUGGCUUCCCAGCGACGAGGCGUUCUUGUCGGUCGAAGGCAGCACAGUUGUGAAGCUAGACCUGAACGGCCAGAUAUUGGACACGUACUCCUUCGAUCGGAUGUUACUGCAUGAUGUUGCGGUUACCCAGGACUGUCGGCGUAUGCUAUGCGUUGGGACCCUUCUUACAUCUCGUGACGGUCUGCGCCCUAGCAAAUCUCGGGCAGAGAAGCAGAUUAUAGCGUACAAUCUCAACAGAAAGCAUAUUGAGAACCGCGUUCCCGUUCUACAUGAUGUGCGUGAUAUAACACUUGCUCGAGAUGAUCAGGUCGCCUUGGUAAGCUACGAGAACAAGGCGCCUCCUCAGCUGUGGAAACUAGACAUGGUGAAAGAUUCCACGCGUCUAUCUCUUCGCCACACCUAUAUGCCCAAAGUCCCCGUGGAUUUUGCUGGACCGAGCUACUUCGGUGGCAGGAGUGACCAGUUGGUUUUGUGCGCUGGAAAAGGCAAGAUAAUUCAUACAGUCAGAUCAACAUGCCCACUGAACGCGGCCGCAGGUGGCGAUAUUCACAUAUGGGAUCGAGAAUCCGCUGCAUUGCUGCACCAUAUUCGCGCACAGGCGUCUGGUGGAGACCUGACAUGUAUUGCUUGGAAUCCUACAACCGAGCCGUUCAUGUUCGCUACGGGUAGUCACGACGGUGGCGUUAGGAUCUGGACCGCGCAGACGGACUUGAGGGACCGGCCAGUUCUGUUUGACGCCGUUGAACCUUCAAGUCGUGCGACCACUCGUUCGGAGCAUGUCCCAUCGUGGACGGAGUCCCCUUCGCUAUACGGCUUUGAACAGCAAACACAAUCCCCUUUCGAAGAGAUACUGCCCGAUUUUGGUGAUGUAGGGAUCGACGGCGGUGAAAUGGGACUACUAGUUUUUAAUGCUUUUCUCUCCUUCCUUCCCUCUCUCUAG